CAGGAUCCAGGUUUGGCCAUCUUCUCUCCUGGUUGAUUUGUCUCUUUCAACCACCGAGGCCGUAUACGCCAUCUGCAGUUCCAUCUCGGACAUCUCCCCGGGAUCCGGACAUCUCAAGACUUGUCGUGCAGCAGCGAUUCACGAGGGAUCCGGGUCGCUUCCUUCCGUGGCUCGCCUUCAGCCGUUGUCCAUCCUGUCCCACAGGACCUGCGAACACGAACGUUCGGAAACACAAUCACCACUGCACUCGACAAACUUUAACUUUGGGCUCAUUUUAGUCCACAUUUCUUCAACAUGGCGGCGGGCAGCGCACGCUACGUGCGCUACAUCCUCCUUGCCUUUUUUGUUAUCGCCGUUCUUUACUUCAUCUCUACCCCGACAUCCGUCGUGACCCCCCUAAAAGAUAACUUUGGCAAAUUCCAACAAUCCACCGGAAACUCGAAGCCAUCGACUGGAAGUACUACCGGAAGUACCACCGGAGGCACCACCGAAGUUGCCCACGAUGAGAAGACACCCACUAAGAGCAAUGGCGCCGACUACGAUCCUGCCCAGUACCCGUUGGCCAUGACUCCGAAUGACCCGGGCUGGAACGACUUAUCUGGCGUUAAGGGCGGCCCUCGCAUGAACGCGACCUUUGUCACCUUGGCUCGCAACGCCGAUGUGUGGGAAAUUGCAAAGUCGAUCCGCUCAGUCGAGGACCGUUUCAACCGCCGCUACAACUACGACUGGGUCUUCCUCAACGACAAGCCGUUUGACGAAACCUUCAAGAAGGUUACCUCCUCGCUUGUCUCCGGCAAGACGUACUAUGGCGAGAUUCCGACCGAGCACUGGUCGUUCCCGCCUCACAUCGACCAGGAGAAGGCCAAAAAGGUUCGCGAGGACAUGAGACAGCGCAAGAUCAUCUACGGUGACAGUAUCAGCUACCGCCACAUGUGCCGUUUUGAGUCCGGCUUCUUCUUCCGCCAGCCCCUCAUGAUGAACUACGACUACUACUGGCGCGUCGAGCCGAGCGUCGAGUUCCACUGCGACAUCCACUACGAUCCUUUCCGCUUCAUGCACGAGAACAACAAGAAGUACAGCUUCGUGCUCAGCCUUUACGAGUACUUCGAGACUAUCCCGACCCUCUGGGACAGCGUUACCAAGUUCAUCAAGAACCACCCCGAGCACAUUGCUGAGGGCAACUCCAUGGCUUUCCUCAGUGACGAUGGUGGCAAGACCUACAACAAGUGCCACUUUUGGUCCAACUUUGAGAUUGGUAGCCUCAACUGGCUUCGCUCCAAGGCCUACACCGACUACUUCGAGUCUCUGGAUCAGGAUGGUGGUUUCUUCUAUGAGCGCUGGGGCGAUGCCCCGGUCCACUCUAUUGCCGCCGGCUUGAUGUUGAAGAAGGAGGAAAUCCACUUCUUCAACGACAUUGCCUACUACCACGUUCCCUUCACUCACUGCCCCACCGGAGAGCAGUUCCGUCUCGACCGCAAGUGCCACUGCAACCCCAAGGAGAACUUUGACUGGAAGGGGUAUUCUUGCACUUCGAGGUACUACGAGCUUAAUGGUCUUCCGAAGCCAGAAGGCUGGCAAGAUCAGUCGGAUUAGAAGGAGGCGAAGAAGAAACAGUUCUGAGGGUGUGGGGAUUAAGGCUUUAUGUUGGGGAAACAGGUCUGCAAAUAAAAACAAAAGCGGACAUUCCCUAGAAUGUAUUAUCGUUAUAAUGACUUUUCCGUUCACAAUUGGUGGUACAACCCAAUUGCCUAGAAACAUGGACCUAUAAAUGGGAAAGGUUGGGCAAAAACGAAGCUGCGUUUUCUGAGUGUUUUGAUGGACAAGAAAGGGCUAUAAGGGG